AUGACAGAAGUUGACUGCGCCCAUUGCGCUGGGGAUGGGUCCUGCCACAUCACUACAGGCAAAUGUGUAUCAGGCUGCCUACCCAAAUACAAGGGAGAGUCUUGCAAAGAUGCCUGCUCACACUGUGCCGGUAAUGGCACGUGCGAUGCCGUCACAGGAUUCUGUUAUCAAGGUUGUCGUCCAGGCUUCAGCGGCGACGACUGCGAAACGGCAUGCCCACACUGUGCAGGGAACAAAACCUGCAACAGAACGGACGGGGAGUGCCUGCACGGGUGUCUGGCAGGCUUCAAGGGACUGUCCUGCUCGGAGGCCUGUUCGCACUGUGCUGGAGACAAGACGUGUGAUCGUUUGGAGGGAGUCUGCAAGCACGGCUGUAUCGAGGGUUACCAGGGGCCUUUGUGCGACACUGUCACUGUUGACGCCGACUCCAUCAUUUCCGGUGUGGCCGCCUUCUACUUGGCCCUCGGGAUUUUCCUGUUGUUUUGUAUCUUCUACUUCAUCUGCUACGACAAGUGCAAACGGAGACAGCAAAAGAAAGCUGUUGUGCAUGAGGAGGCAGAAGGCGGGAAAUCAGAAAAGGGCAGCGGAUCGUCCGGGGCGUCGACCGCCGUCAACUCUGGAAGCAGUGUGGACCCCCACGAAGGGGAGAAGACGGAGGAGGGCGGAACUCUGGAGAAGAAGUCGAGCCUGAUGAAGCGCUUGAGCCUUUUCCCAACCUUCAAGAAGGAGAAAAGUUCAGAUGAAGAGGACACAGACAAAUCAGACGAGGAAGACUAGUGGG